AUGAAUUUAGAAAAUGCCACACAUUUUGUUGUUCAAGCAGGGAAAAACCGAGCAACAGAAAUCAAUGUUGAAAUUUUGGAAGCUAUGCUGCGUGGACAAUAUAUUUUAACCAGUGAAUGGUUGAAUGCAUGUUUGGAAGCAAAUGACAUCGUAGAUGAAGAGUUGUAUGAAAUUUCAACAAUUAUUCGUAAUGGUCAACUGCUUGCUAAAAAUUCAUGUUCUACAGCCAGAAUAAAUUAUGCUAGAAUGGAGCCAGAGCUUUUUCGAGGAUGUCACUUUUAUUUUUGCAAGCACAAAUACUUACCAUAUCGAGAAAAUGAAGUCAAGAAACUAGUUCGAUUAGCUGGAGGUGUAAUACUUGGAAGAGAACCCAAAAUAGAGGAAUAUAUCGAGAGUGGACUAAGGCCAUAUCAUGCGAAAAGAGCAGGAAAUAAUUUAAAUGAGCUGUUUGGUUUAUUCGUAGUGUAUAUGCCAGGCCAGUCUAUUCCACAACGGGUUACGAAGCAAAAAUUUAUCAGCCUUAUUACGCCAAUUUGGAUAAUGGAAUGUAUCGCGAAAUUUACACUUUUGCGACCCGAAGAUCAAUGA